AUGUGCUAUUUACAACAGAAUGUGGAGCCACCAAUAAAUAAAGGACCUUUUACCUGUGAAGUGUGCAGCCUUACUAUCAAGAAGUGGCCUCAGUAUAAGCAGCAUAUAAAGAAGCAUCAGGAAGAUAAACCAUAUCAGUGUUUUGAAUGCGAUAAAUCCUUUAAUGUGCAGAAAAACUUACGUUUGCAUGAAGCCCUGCAUUCUACAGAGAAGUUGGUUUGCCCUGAGUGUGACAAAACAUUUAGACGUUUGGCUUCAUUUAAGAACCAUUUGUCGCUUCACGAAGAAGAUGAAUCUGUCAUAUGUGAAAUAUGCCAAGAAGAAUUCAUAUCAGUCACACAGUUACAGAUUCACAUAGAACAUCACAAACAGGGAGCCACUCCAAUGGAGAACAGGAAGACCAGCAUCGAAUGCAAGGAGUGUGAUCACGAGUUUUCCUGA